AUGCGCGCGUGUAUACUGCUGCUGCUGGUGCUGGGCGCCGCCGCGCAGGAUGACGAGCCCAUUGAGAUAGAUGUAGUGGCCCCGCCGGAGCAGCUGGGGCUGCUGGCGGCGGGGGUGGCGGCGGGCGGCGCGGCGGCGCGCGCGGUGGCGCUGGAGCCGGGCGAGGCGCUGGGCGCGGGCGCGGCGCUGUGCGGGGCGGGCGGCGCGCGGCCGGCGCUGCUGGGCGCGGCGGCGCUGGCGCUGCUGGUGGAGGCGGCGCCGCGGCUGCCGGCGGCGCGGCUGGCGGGCGCGCUGGCGCUGCUGCCGGGGCUGGAGACGCUGGGCGCGGCGGGCGCGGCGCUGCUGGAGGGCAAGGGCUGGCGGCGCGCCGUGCUGCUGCACGAGGGCUCGGCGGCGCGCGCGGCGCUGCUGGCGCCCGACCCCGACCGCCUCGAGCUGCAGGCGCGCGCGCUGCCGCCGCCCGACGACCACGCGCUGCUCAGGAACCUGCUGCUGGUGCUGAAGAAGAGCGGCGCGCGGCGCUUCGUGGUGUGGUGCGACGCGGCGUGCUGCGCGCGCGUGCUGGCGGCGGCGCAGCGUGCGGGGCUGCUGGCCGCGCCGCACGCCUUCGUGCUGCUCACGCUGGACCUGCACACGCAGCCGCUGGACGCCUACAGCCACGGCGGCGCCAACGUCACCACGCUGCGCCUGUUCGACCCCGCGGCGCCGGCCGUGCGUGCGCUGGUGCGGCGCGCGGGGUGGGCGGCGCGGGCCGCGGGGGGGGACGCCGGCACGCUGCGGGCCGCACCCACGGCGCUGGUGCUGGCGCACGACGCGGCGCGCUGGGCGGCGGCGGCGGCGCGCGCGCUGGGCCUGCCGCCCGAGCCGCCCACCGCCUGCCGCGCCGGCCGCGCCGCGCUGCACGCCGACACCCUGCUCAACUACUUACGAUCUGAGGAGUGGUCGGGUCUGUCCGGGGGCGCGUCGUGGUCGGGGGGCGGCGGGCUGGCGCGCGCGGGGGCACGGCUGCAGGUGGCGGAGCUGGCUCGCGGGGGGGCGCUGCGGGGCGCGGGGCGCUGGGCCCCCGGCGAGCCCGUCACCUGGACGCGCCCCGCCGAGCCCGCGCGCAUAGACCCGCCCGACUCCAUGGUCAACCGCACCUUCAACGUACUCGUCGUCAAGGGCUCGCCUUACAUCAUGAUGCGGGAGUCUGCGGAGCGUCUCUCCGGUAACCAGCGGUACGAGGGAUUCUGCAUCGAGCUGAUCGAGCGUCUGGCGGAGAUCCUGCAGUUCAACUACACGUUCGUGGAGGCGGCGGGCGGCACCGGCGUGCGGGACCCGGCCACGGGGCGCUGGAGCGGCAUGCUGCGCCGCCUGAUGGACGACCCGGACGCGCACUUUGCGAUCACGGACCUGACGAUCACGGCGGAGCGCGAGAGCGCCGUGGACUUCACCACGCCCUUCAUGAACCUCGGCAUCAGCAUCCUGUUCCGCCAGCCCACCGCGCCCGAACCCAAGUUCUUCUCCUUCCUGCUGCCCUUCUCCACCGGGGUGUGGGUGUGCCUGGGGCUGGCGUACGUGGGCUCGUCGCUGGUGCUGUACGUGGUGGGGCGGCUGUCGCCCGCCGAGUGGCAGAACCCCUUCCCGUGCGUGGAGGAGCCGGAGGCGCUGCACAACCAGUUCACGCUGGCCAACGCCUUCUGGUUCAACCUGGGCGCCGUGCUGCUGCAGGGCUCCGAGAUCGCGCCCGUGGCGUACAGCACGCGCGCGGCGGCGUCGGCGUGGUGGGUGUUCGCGCUGGUGGUGACGUCCUCGUACACGGCCAACCUGGCCACGCUGCUGGCGCGCAAGUCGUCGGACGAGCUCAUCAGCGGGGUCACCGACCUGGCGCACAACCCCUACGGCAUCGAGUACGGCGCCAAGGCCGGCGGCGCCACCUACACCUUCUUUGAGCACUCGCAAAACGAGUUAUACAACGAGAUGUUUGAACACAUGAAAACCAAGGAAAUGCCGACCACUAACGAGGAAGGAAUCAAAAAGGUGAUGACGGAGAACUUCGCGUUCCUCAUGGAGUCCACCACCAUCGACUACGAGACGCAGCGGAACUGUCUCGUCAUACAGGUUGGUGGUCUUCUGGAUAACAAAGGAUAUGGAAUUGCGAUGAAGAAAAACUCCCCGUACCGGCAGUCGCUGAACCUGGCGCUGCUGAACCUGCAGGAGCGCGGCGAGCUGCGCAGCAUGAAGCACAAGUGGUGGAACGAGAUGCGCGGCGGCGGCGCCUGCAAGGAGGUGGAGGAGUACGAGUCGGCGGGGCUGUCCAUGAGCAACUUCCUGGGGCUGUUCGUGGUGCUGGUGGCGGGCUGCGUGCUGGGCGUGCUGGGGGCCUGCGCGGAGCUGGCGUGGCGCGCGCGCCGCCCGCUCCCCGCGCACCCCGCGCGCUCCUACUGGCGCCGCCUGGCCGCGGAGCUGCGCUUCGUGUUCCAGUUCGACCGCAGCGUGAAGCCGCUGCACCCGCCCGCCACGCCCUCGUCCUCCGCGUCCCCCGCGCCCGCGACCCCGGCCCCCGCGUCGCCGCCGCCCCCCGCGCGCUCCGACUCGCUCCGCUCCCGCUGGUCGUCGCGCCGCCGCUCGUCCAUGGCCGCCGCCAGCGCGCGCCGCGCCCGACACACCUCCAACGCCGGACUCUGACCGCACAUCUCAUGCAAUUACUAACAAUCUAAAUGCCCUGUGUGUGAGUUAACUUUACUAACAUCCAAUGGCUAUUUGAACAUAAAAAUGUUAUUUAAGUUUAUUUUUCUAUUAAUUUAGGUACUUACUUAUAAUUUCUUCUGUGCAAAGAAAGUUUAUUUAUUGUAGGUACUUACUUUUUGUAUUUUAAUUGUAGAAAGGUAUUGUAUUGUAAAUAGUAUACGUCGUCGCAGUGUCGACCUAUUAACUCUAGUUAAACUCUAUGUACUUAUUUCUUGCACUUACGCACAACUAGAUAAUAUUUAAGUAGGUAGUAGGUAACUACAUACUAUAAACGGAAAUACUAGUCACCAA